AUGACACUCCGCGGCAAGGGUCCCACGUUGGUAGCAGUCCUUUGGAUCGAAACACUUUUUUGUCUUAUCGUCCUCGCGUUGCGAAUCUACACGCGGACCGUGGUCCGUGGCAAUACCGGCUGGGAUGACUGGCUGCUUGUCGUCACUUGGCUGUUGAUGGCCGCCUUUGCAGGCUUAUGUACAGGCGCUGCCUAUUACGGCAUGGGUGUACACGCCGAUCGUCUUACCGUCGACGAAUCCGUCCAUGGGAUGCUACUACUCCUGACAGGGCAAAGUAUCAUCUCGAUUGCCAUGGGAUUGAGCAAGUGCGCGGUUGCUGCUUUCCUCAUGCGAAUCGUCAUCAAAAAGUGGCACAUAUACUUCCUGUGGUUUUGGAACAUCUCCAUUAUGGUCCUCAGUAUUCUGCUAGCUAUCACUGUCUUCGCUCAGUGUACGCCGGUUUAUUCUAUCUGGGACCCGCGAGUUCCGCCCGAGAGCUGUCCGUUGAAUCUCGCACUCACGGCCACUGUCAUGUGUGCAUGGUCCGCCGUUCUUGACUUUGUCCUUGCUUUCUUCCCAUGGAUAGCCUUGUGGAAUUUGAAUAUAAAGAAAAAGGAGAAAUAUACCAUCUGUCUUUCCUUGAGUUUGGGUAUUUUCGCCGGAAUUUGCGGUGUCAUCCGAACGACAGGGCUUGACGCGUUAACCCAAUCGACCGAUUAUCUCUAUGCAACAACCGAUUCAGUGAUCUGGACCAUGUCCGAGCUUGCAACCACAAUUGUUUGUGUUAGCAUCCCCGUUUUUCGUCCUCUCUACCGCACUCUCCGCGGUGGUUACCCCUCCAAUGAUGCAUCCGACUACAAUGACCGCCAAGUCUAUCGAAAGAGCAGCGGCCAACGCACGGAGCAACCCGACUAUGUCAUGGAAACGAUUGUGACAACCACCGUCAAUGAAAGGGAUAUGGAGAAUGACAACGACAAUGAUAAUGACAGUGGUAGGAAGAUUAUAGAGGUCGGAGAGGAUACGGACACAAGACAUAUGCUGGAACGUCCGCCUUUGAACCCACAUACUAUAUACCAAGUCAAUGAGGUGGUGCUCUCUUAUGAGGAUCGUCCACCCGGCGAUGGGAAUGUUGGCGACAGUAUGCCAUCUGUCCCCGUAAAGGCGAGGCAGCAAGUUUGA